AUGUGGCCGGGCAGCCGCUGGCUGCGGGGGCUGGUGCUGCCGGCGGUGAGGGGGCUGCGGAUGCGCUCUGCAGGGCCAGCCCCGGGGGCCGCUGUGCGCUGCGCUCCCUGCUGGGCAGGGCUGGCGGGGCGGGCCCUUGGCGGCGGGCCCAGCGCGGAGCUGCGGGCGGGCGGAGGAGCCGAGCAGGAGCGCAGGGCCCCAGAUCAUGCUCUUUCCAAGUUCAAUAUUGAUCUUAUCAUCUCUCUACUGAGGCAAGAAAAUGCUAGCAACAUUUGUGUUAUCCAGGUGCCUCCAGAAAUGAGAUACAGUGAUUAUUUUAUAAUUGUGAGCGGAUCUUCUUCAAGACACCUCUAUGCUAUGGCGCACUACAUGCAGAAAAUGUACAAGCAGCUGAAACAAGAAAAUGAUCCUCACAUUCAGAUUGAAGGGAAAGACACAGAUGACUGGAUGUGCAUUGAUUUUGGUAGCAUAGUGAUCCAUUUAAUGCUUCCAGAGACACGAGAGAUUUAUGAGUUGGAAAAGUUAUGGACUCUCCGUUCUUAUGAUGACCAGUUAGCACAGAUGGUUCCAGAGUCAUUACCAGAAGACUUCAUAUUUGGACUCACUCACCAGCAGCAAUGAUCAAAAUCUUUCCUUCAUGAAAGGAAUACAUACAAAUAAUGCAGUUAGAGCACUCAACACUUCAGGAUUAAAAGAAUGAAACAAGCAAUUUCUUUGGUUACUUCUGGGGAGAGGGGACACAGCAAAGAGCCACUGUG